AUGCUCACAGCUCGACUUGCGGGAGCCAAAGCGGCUUCGGCUGACGUCUUGUUAUUCCUGGUCUCGCAUACAGAAGCAAACGCCAACUGGUUACCUCCACUGUUAGAACCAAUAGCCCUAGAUCACCGCACAGUGGUGUGUCCAUACAUUGACGUGAUCGCCUACGACACAUUCGAAUAUCGUGCCCAAGACGAAGGAGCGCGCGGGGCCUUCGACUGGGAGUUGGUCUACAAGAGAUUGCCCUUGUUGCCUAAGGACGUCGACAAUAUGCCGGAGCCAUUUGAGAGUCUGGUAAUGGCGGGAGGUUUAUUCGCGAUGUCCCGAUCGUUCUUCUGGGAGUUGGGGGGCUACGAUCCUGGAUUAGACAUAUGGGGAGGGGAGCAGUAUGAACUCAGUUUUAAGAUCUGGCAACGCGGUGGUCGAAUGGUGGACGCGCCGUGUUCCCGUGUGGGACAUAUCUAUCGAGUUUGCCCCAUUCCCCAACCCGGGGCAUGGAGACUUUGUGGGAUGGAACUACCGUCGCGUGGCCGAAGUUUGGAUGGACGAAAGGCUCUGAGGGAGAGGUUGCGUUGCCGGUCCUUCAGGUGGUUCAUGACCCAGGUGGCGUUCGAUUUAACAGUGAAAUACCCGCCGGUGGAACCCAACGCUUUUGCUGAAGGGAGAAUAAAACCGGUGUCGAAUCCGCAACUAUGCGAGACAAAACGCUUGAAGCAGGCCACAAUUGACGGUUGUCUCGACUGGGAUCCGAACACACGAGCCCUAUAUAUAAUGCCGUGCGGGGACGCCACCACUCAGCAAUGGAGUAUAGACCACGUGGAUUACGAGAUGAUGGGGAAAUGGGACAACGUGGCUAAACCGGUCACCGGACCGGUUGAAGAUUAUUAA